UCACAACGUGCUUCGCUUUGAAGGAUUUUAAACAAACUUGUGUGUUUAAUAAAAUAAAAUAAUUUCUUAAUAAGAAUUCGAGUGUGAGAACUUCUAGGUAUACUGAGUAAGAUCGCAAUUUUUCACAGUGUAUAUUGAGAAAAAUUCGCUUUUUAACAAAUCAUCGGAAGAUCGUUUGAUGAUUUUUCUUUUGAGCAUUGCUGGUGAUUAUUCUAUGCUAUAGGCUGUUGUUUUAUUUUAUCCAAGAGAAUCUCCACUCCCUCCUCAAACCAAGUGGGAGCAUUAAACUUUUCUGCUGUAUGGCCAGCCAAAAAAAAAUGAACAAAACUCCUCCAGAGUCGCGCCAAAUUGAUUCUCAUUUGAGUGUGAGCUCUCAGUCAGACAAGUUCAUUAGUUAUUGGCAUUCACUUAAGUGUUUUGGGGAACAAUUCAACUGCGAGCAGUGCGACAAAAUGCUGAAGGUUUCUGCAUUUUUUACACUUUUCUGCGUAGUUUUCGUGACUUCUCAGCAAAUUUUGCAAAGAAAUGAACAAUCAGACUUUGCAGAAGAUAUUUCGCGAGUGACUGAGAGAAAAUUUGAAGUUGAUUAUGAUAAUGAUACCUUCUUGCUGGAUGGUAAACCGUUUCGGUACGUUUCGGGUUCUUUUCACUAUUUCCGGGCUCCGCGGAAGACUUGGCGCCAAAAAUUGCGCACAAUGCGAGCAACUGGAUUGAAUGCAGUAAGCACGUACGUAGAGUGGUCAAUUCAUAAUCCCAAAGACAAUGAACAGUAUAUUUGGAGUGGAAUGGCAGAUUUGGAGCAUUUCUUGGAUCUGGCUGUCCAAGAAGAUCUCUUGGUUAUCCUUCGGCCAGGUCCGUACAUCUGUGCUGAGAGAGAUAUGGGUGGAUUCCCGUACUGGCUCUUGACAAAAUACCCCAAAAUCAAGCUGAGGACUUAUGAUUCAAACUAUCUGGCAGAAGUGGAAAAAUGGUAUAGAGUAUUAAUGACUAAAAUGCAGCCCUAUCUUUAUGGGAAUGGAGGACCUAUCAUCAUGGUUCAAGUUGAGAAUGAAUAUGGCUCUUUCUCGGCUUGCGACAAGACCUACAUGAAAUGGCUCAGGGAUGAGACCCAUAAAUAUACCCAAGAUAGAGCCCUCCUGUUCACAACAGACGGGCCAGGAUACCUUUCCUGCGGAAGUGUUGAAAAUGUCUUUGCAACAAUUGAUUUUGGACCUUCCAACAGCAUUGCUGGCUACUGGCAAAAGUUGCGUGCCCAUCAGCCCAGAGGGCCUCUGGUCAACUCCGAAUACUAUCCCGGAUGGUUGACCCAUUGGCAGGAAACCAUGCAACGCGUGGACACGGCUAAAGUCGUGAAGACGCUGCAGGACAUGCUGAGGGAUAAUGCCAAUAUUAACUUCUACAUGUUCUACGGAGGAACGAAUUUUGGCUUUACAGCUGGAGCCAAUGACGGGGGAAUUGGGGGAUUUCAGGCAGAUGUGACAUCGUAUGACUAUGAUGCUCCAAUGAAUGAAUGUGGAGAUGCUACAGCCAAACUCUUUGCCAUCAGAGAUACCAUUUCUGGUUACUUUGCCAUGCCCAAUGUCACAGUUCCCAAACCCACGCCCAAACUCAACUACGGGAAGGUGUACCUGACACCGAGGCAGAGUCUCCUCUCCCGCAACACCCGCCGCAACCUCUGCCGGUCGCCAUUGACAUCGAGAAUGCCCGUUUCUUUUGAGGAGAUCGACCAGAAUUCCGGUCUAGUUCUCUAUGAGACUGAUUUGCCGAAGAUGCGACGCGAUCCAAGUGCUUUGACUAUUGAGAAAUUGCGCGAUCGGGCGUAUGUCUAUAUUGAUCGGCAAUUUCUGGGCAUUCUGAGUAGGGAGAAUAAAAUUGACACACUCUCGAUUAAUUGGGCCAAUUGGCCAGGGCAGAAAUUGCAGAUAUUGGUGGAGAGUCAGGGAAGAAUCAAUUACAACGUUGCGAAUGAUUUCAAGGGGAUUUUGGGGUCAGUAACACUAGAUUACUCAAUUCUCUACAAUUGGACCAUCACAGGAUGCCCUUUGGAGAACAAUGAAGAAAUUGAGGGAUACACCGCUGAGGCAAAUCGCUAUUUCAGAGAAAACACUGCCAGAUGUUCCCUCCGGAAUGGACCAAUCUUCUUCCGUGGCGCCUUUGACCUAGAACCCAAUCAACUGAUGGACACUUACCUGGAUCCCAGUGGUUGGGGAAAGGGCGUUGCCUUCGUCAAUAAUUACAAUCUCGGUCGUUACUGGCCAGCUGUUGGACCCCAAAUAACUCUCUACAUCCCCAAGGAAUUCCUCAAUGUCGGCACAAACACCCUAAUCCUCCUGGAAUACGAAAGAUGCCCCGAGGAAAGAAAUAUAGAAUUAAUUUCAACACCAAAACUCGAUGGAAAUCCAUGAGAGAGCAGAAAAAUAUUGUAUUGAAAAUAACUUUUUUUUUUAAAUAGAAAAUAUUUCCUCAUCAGCUAUA